CACAAAAAAGUCAAACUUAGGAAAGAGUAUGUGAAGUAUGUACAAAAUUACCAUAUGCCUUUCAUUUUGUAGCUUCAGAUGACAGCGGCUCACUUCAAGAGCAGGUGAAGCAAGUUGGGACAAUGUUGAAGACGUUUGCUUGCACUGGGCAAUCAGGUGCAGAUCAGACCUUAGUGCUGCGAUGUCUUGGAGAGUUUGGCGAUGUUGUGCGUAGCAUGGACAACAAAAUGGACACUAUGCUGCAACAUUUCAGUGCCAAUGUGUCUGUUGGAGAGUUAUCCCUGCCAGGGGAUCUAUUACUCCCCCUAGACACCCAGGAAGAUUUAGCGUUGCUUGACAACAGUUUGAGGCAGGAUAAAGAGCUCCAGGAACGAUUUCUUCGGUUUUUCGCAAUCAAAUGUGGGAGGGACCUAAAGACAACCGUCUGGCAGAUGCUUCAAAUUAUCUUCUCUAAUCACCUUUCCAUCAAUACAACCUGGACUGGAGUUGGGGAUAAAGCAUGUUUUAGAGACAUGUUCCUUAAGACCAUUGUUCAAAGAGCCAUCCGGAAGAACCUGGCAACCCAGGAUGCCACUGAUGAAGCCGUCCAGGUUAACGUUACGCGUUACCUGAAAGGAGAAUCUGACUGUGAAGGCGAAAAAGGCGCCGCACAGCUGAGAGGGACCCACAGCCGACCCCUUAAACCUAGGCUGACUACUGACACCCCAGCAUCACUGACAACUGGAACCCUUUCUUUAUCCUGCAGUCAGUAACGUCAAGACCCCUAAAGAAGCCAGAAGUGUCAGACUGCACUCACCCAAUCCACACUGUUCACUGUGGAUAUUAUCAUAGUGCUUAACUCUUAUUAUAUUGUUAAAUAUAGCUUGCAAAUCCUUGUGCCACAGGUCAGCAUUGCAGUUAUAUCUGUUCUACUACUGUUUUUACCUCAGCAUUUUUUAUAUAUUUGUGAAGAUGUUUAUCACAGAUACAAGAGACAUCUUGUACCCCAGGUCAGCAAUGCCAUUAUAAUGGUCUAUUCUACUCCAGAGCUUUAUUCUAAAUUAUUACCACUUAUCUUAUUGUUAGAAAUGGCUUGUAAAUGUGAUGUUAUACCUGAAUUUUUUUUGGUGUCCUGCACAUUCUUUGGUACCAGAUAUACUCAUUACUUAUAUUUACUGGUAAUUCUUUUCAUCCCAGAGCUGACCACUUUAUAUUAUUAACAAUUAUUGUAAGUGUUAUAAUUUGCUUGUAAGCUAAGGCUGUUUUUUUUUAACAAUUUAAUUGGAAACCUGCAUGUUCUUUUGUGUGUGUGUAUAUAUAUAUAUUUUUUUAUUUUUUUUCUGUUAUUUAUAUUUCAGUGAUCUGACAUCAUGUUUCAAUGACAGUUACUCUACUUUGAAAUGUGGAAAUAAAACUUUAAAUGGAAA